UGGUUAUUGAUUUAGUUACGUACAGAUAAUGAUUAAUGAGAAAAUAAAGGUUUAUUUAGAAUGUUCCCAAGAAUGAUCGUAUAGUAUCCUAUCUGAGUUAAAUUCUUAGGCGGUGCAACGAAGCAUUUGGAUUCUUCGUGGCGGAGAAUGUUUUUAUUCUUUAAUAUCCAUAAUAAUAUCGUCGAUUUCUUGAUUCGACUGUUGCUUUAUUCUUCCGUGUAUUCAGUCCAUUAAAUGUAAUCAUUAGACAUGGAUAUACGUGGAAUAGAAGUCACGAAUCAAUUGCGAAGUGCAAUUCGUGCUAAAUUGUUGGAGCUCGGAGUACGAUACGAUGAAGAACUACCGGAUUAUAUCUUAGUGAUGGUUGUAAACAAAAAAUCCCGUCAGCAAAUGCACGAAGAUUUGUAUUUGUUCUUGGAGAGCUGUACAACGCCGUUUGUAGAUUGGUUGCACGAUCAAGUGUUGAAAAAAUUGCAAAAGGUUACUGUAGCUAAAAAGAAAUCGUUGAGAGAGUUUGUGCCCACAGUUGUGGUUAAACAGGAAGAGGAAAGGAAGAAGAAAAAGGCAUGCACAACUUCCUUUCUGGAUGAUCAAACUGUUAAUCAGACCACCAAUAAGAACUUGAAGGAUGACAAAUCAUUCCAUAAGCAGAACGCAAAGCCAUCCAUAUCUAGUCAAAAAUUGGACGCAACUCAAAAUAAAAAUAUAGACAAGUCUGUAAAGAAUAUAAGUCAUGAAAGCAAAUCGGAUGGCACACCGAAUCAUAUUGUUUCUCAGCAGCCUGUGAUAAAAAGAACACAGGUGACUGAUAAUCAAAGUGUCGGUGUAAAUAAAGAAGUUUUUACCGUUGAAACUUUGAACACCAAAUCUGGGGAUUCCCAUGUCAAUGCAAAAGUGGAUGAUAAAUCAUCCAGAAAUCUCAAAAGACCAUUGGAGAUGACAAAUAAUUAUAAGGACAAUUUAGAAAAGAAACAGACUGAAGCGAAGAGAUCCAAGAUUGAAGAAAAUGGCGAGGAUACAACAGAAGAUAACGCGAAGAAAUUAAAAUCUUGCGUGAACAAGCCAAAAGUUACCUCAGUUGUAUCUGUUAAAAAUCGUUUAGGAGUGGUAUCUCCUAGGAAGAAAUUCGAAGUUCAUAGAGAAAGGAUGGAUAGCGAAAGUCGAUAUAGACAGAAUGAAAAGCAUCUUGAGAAGCACAGAUUGGACAGCAAUCGUAGUAGUAAUUUCCAACGAGGAAGGAAUUUUGAUGCGGACGAACGGUCAAAAAGAAAUCGCGAAACUGAUUUAAAACACAACGAGUCUGAUAAAGUUAUUAACAUUAAAACUCGACUAGGAAAUGCUAAGAUUGACAAAACACCCAAAAGCAUAGAUUUAAAAGAGAAAGUUAAUUCUAUUGUAAAAUCAAGAUCAGUAGAAAAAACAGGGGGUACAAUUAAAGAUCGUUUAGGAAUCGCAAAUAAAUUACCGAAACAGCUAGGAAAUAAAGAACCGAUAGAUUUUAAAAGUAAACCUCUGGAACAAGAUCGUGAUCCUUCAGCUAUCAACAAAAACAUAAAGAAUAGAUUGGGACCAUUGAAGAAUAACUUCAAACCAUUAAAUAUUAAAAGUGCUUUCAAUUCGUCGAUUCGAAAGUCUCAAAGUAGCGAGGACGAUGAUUAUCUAAACUUGGGUGCAGAAGAGGAAUUAGACGAUGAUGCCCAAUCAGUGGGGAACUCUGGUCCUAUUAAAUCCCACAUAAUAGCUGUAAAUAAACCUCCACCAAUUAAGACUGAAAGAAAACGAUUGAAGUCAUUAGAAAGAGGAAAUAAACAAUCGAGUGAUAUGGAUGAGGAUAUGGAAGAAACAAAGAUACCUAGUAAAGUAAUCGUAACACCAAGACCAUUGAAACCAUUGCAACCUGCACAGAAACGUGCUACGCAGUCACUUUUAUUAAGAGCUGUUGCAGAAGCAAAUCAGUCGGUUGUUACCCAAAAAAAUCCAGAGCCAUCUCUAUUGGAUAAGAAACAAACGUUGAAACGUCUUAAACCUGCCCCGGUGAGGGACGUGGGUCAAAAUUUAUCGGUACAUCUGAAUUCUAAUAAGAGAUUAGUCAUGGAAAAGAUACAAGUGGAAUUAAACACAGAUAUCACGGAAAUGAAAGCAAAACCUUAUGUACCGCAACCAGUUACCGAGGAGCAUAUGGGGGUCGUAAUGUCUUUAUUCCAAAGGAGCGACGAUAACCAGAAAUUUUUAGUCACACUUAACGGAUACAACAACAAUCACGUGAAUGAGAAAAAUAUGUCUGACGACGAGGAACGUUUGGAAAUGGAGGGAUCUCCCUUGUUUUCUACACAGGUAAACGAAGACGAUGAACUUGCACUUUCAACAAUACAAAAUGAUAUGUAUGUCCAAAAUGAAUCAGAAACGUCUGUUUUUCAAAUAACAGAAGCAGAAGAAGAGGGCGAUUUAAAGGAAAGAACGGACGAAAAUAAUGAGAAUUGUAACACCGAAAAUGUCGAGAAGAUCGAAGAAGCACCGAGAAGGAGAAGAAAAUUAAGUCCAAUUGUUUAUAACAGAUCCCAUUCACCGAGUCCCGUAGAUUUAAAGUCUAACACCUUGGUAACAAGUUCAGUACUAACGAAACGAUUAGAAAAAAAGCCAUCAACGGAGAAUUCAGUUACAGUUAUAGAUAAGUCGAAAGAAAAAUGUAGAUACUGGCCAAAUUGUACAUUAGGAAAUAAGUGCUCCUAUCUCCAUCCGGCUGUUAUGUGCAGCGCGUUCCCGGCGUGUAAAUUUGGGGACAAAUGUGCGUACAAGCAUCCGAAAUGUAAAUUCGGUUUAUCCUGCACAAAACUGGGAUGCGUGUUCUCUCAUCCCGCUCAACAAUGCAAGUAUCAUCCAUUUUGCACGAAACCGGCAUGCCCGUAUUCGCAUCCGAUGCCGGCUACGGUGGAACCGUCGAGUCAAAGAGCAAAAUUCACAUGGCGUAGACGAGAUUGAGUCGUAAUCUUGUGCAAAUGUACAAAUUUCCUUCUCUUCUAGCGAUGCGUUUAACUGCACGUUAGCAAGAAUAUCGUCCGUUCAUUGAUCAUUAAGUAGCAAUAACAUGUAGAUUGAAAAGUAAACGCGUGAUAAUCGGUAGCGACUACUUCAAUAGUUUCUUCACAAUCUUUCGUCGACGAUGAUAUUCUUGCUAACACAAUUAAGUAGCACUCUACUUUGUACAAAACAAUCGGUAUACUUUCGAGAAUUUCGAAAGUAAUUUCGACUUUCAUUUAAUCUGUAUUAUAUUAUAUAUGUAUACAUGAAAGUUCAUGUAAUAUCGACUCAUAGAAGGUUUGCAUUUGUUCAUUAAUUAGCGUUGUAGCUUAACUCGUUCCCGUUACGGGAACGCUAUGCUAUCGUUUAACUAAUUAUCAUUUCUUUGCGAAUCCAAUCGAAUGGAUUAUGAAUUGUAUUCAUUUUACUUGGUAGGUAGCGUGUAAGAAGCAUCGAGAGAACAUUAUUAUUCGAUAUUACCAAUGCUUUUGACAAGUAAUAUAAUGAUUGUUGAAAGAAACGUGUUUCCCCAUUCACUCUUCACGCCUUUUUGUACCAAGUCGGUUCGAAAUUCUUCGCUAGCUCCAUUUAUGUACUCGAUGGCUGUGCAAUGAUCCUCGCGGUGACUUUAUUUUUAAUGGGGAUGAUCGUUGAAAGGAAAAAUCAAGUAUACCUUUUGUGUGAUGUAUAAUUAUUAUCGUAGGAUAAAAGAUAACGCUUCGAGCACUUUAUCGUUCAUUAUUAUGAUUCUUUAAGUAUAAAUACGUACGAAUAAACCUUGUAUAAACGACUAUAAAUACACGAAUGCAUCUGUAAA